GCGCACGAGGUGAAGUGAGGCUAAGCAAUGCAGUCUGUCAUUAGCGUCGUCAUCGCCUGCAAGGCGCGAUGCCGCCAUCUUUGUAGCGGGCAUUGCCCUUACUCGCAGCAGGUGCUGGAAAGGGAAGGCGUAGGAUGGGGACCAUGGCCCAUGAACCUGCACCCUGCACCAUCAAAAGCCCAGUGGCUCUACAAGUGGGAGACAUGAGGACAGAGCUGGGCCGUCCAGGUGUGGUAGUGAUUGAUGUUGUGCUCCCUCACUCUCAGGUCAUUGAUUUGCAAGAAAUCAUAUUCAAGAACUACUACACAGCCUUUUUGACUCUUCGGGUGCAGCGCCGCAGCCCUGCAGAUGGAGGGAAUGAAAGUCCUUCCAAAUGGGUUACUUGUCUGCGGAACUACUGUUUAAUGCCCAACCCACACACAGAGGAAGGCUCUCAGGACUACUUCUCCUUGUCUAGACAUCAGAUGCUUUGUGAUGUGGACCGGGUGGCCGCCAUACGUCUUAUUCUGCGCCAACCAUCUCCAGUGUGGUUGCAUUUCACCAUUGAGGAGUUGCAACUUUUCCCUGGGGGCUUGAAGAGUCCACAGAAAGGCUUUCCAGCUUGGCUUUCUCAUCCGUCACCUCAGGAACAGCCAGCAAACGUGCAUGAGAAUCUGCCUGAUGCUGACAAAGUGUCUUCUGAAGUGCAACAAAUGUGGGUUCUGACAGAGAUGCUCCAAGCCAGCCAGCCAGCAACAAGGAUCGGGCGCUUUGAUGUUGAUGGCUCCUAUGAUCUUAAAAUCCUGUCUUAUACUUGAAUUCUCCCUGGGCCAGAAGUGGGAAAGGCACUUCAGAGGUGAAUUGUCUGGGUUGCAUCCCUAUAUUGUUGAAUAGUUUUGAGGCAGAAGGAAAUGAUGGAUUAAAUCUGUCAGCUUCAAGUUCCAGUCCUUCCUCUUUCUGCUGUUCAGAGAUGUCUUCUUUGCAGUGUUUUCCUCCCAUGCCAUCUUUUCCUCAACCAGGCCCUAUCUAGAGAACAUUCUUAUUUUGCACUAGGCCAUGCAAGUUUGGAUUACCUGGAUUGAAGGUGCCUUACUUGGGCUUUUCAUCUACUGCUUUGCUUUUCCAAACCCUGCUCCUUCAUGCAUGUAAAAGGAAAAAACUGAGCAUCCUUUUCAAGAUACUGGUACUGUAAGAGUGGGAAAUCUCUUGCUUUUCCUAAGGGAAUGGCCUGAAAUGGUUUGAGAAUAACAUGACUGAAAGCAUUUUAUUCCCAAAUCCAAGGCUUAGAAUUCCAGAGUUCAGUGAUGAGUUUAUUUGCUAUGGUUUCCUUUAUUUGCUAUGGUCAGUCCUUUUCCCUUUAAUUAAUAAUUUGGAGACAAUAAGAGAAACUGCCUAAAAGCUUACCCCUUAUUCUCCCCAAAAGAAAGGGUGGGAAGUAUGUGUUCAUUUAGAUGUUUCUUGGUUCCAUCAUGGGCAGUGAUUAUGAAUGAUAAAACAUCUAGUCCAUUAAUAUCUGUGUGGGAUCUUGGUUAUCUAUCCCUAUUUUAAAGAGAUGAGAAUAAGUUAGCUAAUGAUUUCAUAGACCUAGGCCUGACAUCUUUGAAGCUGACAGUGACUUUACUGCAGUACAGGAAACAGUUGUAGCAAAAAAUAUUAUAAAACAAAAGUGAUAGUCUGCACUCUGUGUAAGUCAAACUGUAGCAAUAUUUUGAUUUUCAGUUGAGCCCAUAAUGAUUUUUAAUUGUCCUAACUAUAUAUGUUUCAGGAAGCAAAAUUAGAAAAUCUGUCUGCUGAUGUUCUGGAGCUUUCUUAUGGAAAGUCAAAUUGCAUCACAAACUACUGUCUCAUAUGUAUUUUUAAACAUGUCCUUAUUAACUGUCUGUUCCAUCUCCUCAACUAACCUCUGUUGCAGGUUGUAGAUACUCAUUUCUACUGGGUGAACUAUUGCACACAGACACUACGUGUUGAGAGCUAAAGUGGAUUACUAUUUAUGGGGAAAGGCUGGGUUCAUAUUCCUACGUUAAGUAAGAACUUUCUCUCAUCUUGCCCACUGGCAAAGCAAGUCUAACAUUUCCCCUCUAAGGGCUGCUCUGUCAGCUUAGGAAGAGAAUAUCUGAGCACCUUCUCUAUUUCUGUUGCACCACAUUGCUCCCAGACGAAUGUAUCUUCCUUGUGGUAAGCGACACUUCCUGCAGCAUCUGUACAAUCUGUAGCUGUCAGAUGCACUAAACUGCAGAACAAAAUGAAUUACUACAGUAGGAUCUGCAGCUAUUAUAUGGUUUUUAAUGCUGGACAUUAGAUCUCAGGAGGAGGCUUACUUUGUUUCCUGUAUCUAUGUACUUUCCUCCCUAUUAUUUAUUAUGAACUAUUUAUGUUAUUUAUUUAUAGCUUGAAAGAACUGCAGUAGUCUUCAAAUCCAUUGUAUUAAAUCAGGGUUGAUGUAUGGUCUUUCCCAGCAGAUGCUAAAUGAGUCACAAAUAAAGGACAAUUCCUUUA